UCUGAAGCUGGAGUAGGAGAGGACACUUUGCUCCAGUCCACAGUAGGGACAGGCCCUAAUUUUCUUGCUUUGGCUAAUGAGCUUAGCUCGUGCUGAGCAGCUUUUAGCCCUGCAGGUUGUUGUUGUAGUGGGCACUGGUUAGCCCUUAGUGGUUAGCGAGAGGAGCCAGAGCAGAGGACUGGAUCUGAGGAGAAUCAGAGCAGCAGCCAAAGCUUCACCACUCCCCUGUUUUCCUACCAGGACCACCUCUGCUUGUGCGGGCACUGCGGCUGGGACGUCUCUCUACUCUCUCCCCUCCCUCCUUCCCUCCUCUGCUUCUCUCUAACACUACCUGACUCCCUUCUCUCUCCCUCUCUGUCUGUCCCGGAGCACUGACAAAGUGCUUUUGUAGCUGCAUCACCUCUUGGGCAGCUGCAUUCUACCUCGUAUUUCCAUCUCUUUCAAUUCUUUUCUAUCUUAACUUCUCGCCUGACUUUGUUGCCAAAAUGUACCGGAACCCGUGGAUUUCGAAUUACCUGAGUCACGUCAAGUUUUGCAGCCAAGGACUUGGGAGUGAGAGCACCAUUAAAAUAAGCAAUCCCAGAUUGCUACAGAAGAGAGCACUGAGCUUCCAGAAAGAAUUCUCCUUUGACGAAAAAGACGAACCAGACAAAAGCACCAAGGACAUAGAUGUUAGUCUCUUGGCUAGUCUCCCAAAAGUGUCUGAAUUGAGGAAACGAUUUGAAGGUAUUACCACAAGUGCAAGUGACUGGGAAAUGAACAGGAAGGAGCGUAUCGCCCGACGGUUGGAGGGCAUAGAGGGUGAGGUACAUCCAUCUCUACUGCCUACCUUGGUGGCCAACCGGCUUCUGGAGGAGGACACACCAAGAUACACCAGAGCCUCUGACCCCUGUGAGCCCUGUGCUGUUACAGUCCAGCGGUAUGGAAUGGAGGGAUUUGAAAGCCCAGAAAUGCAGCUGAAGGCUCCAGAGCGACAGUCCAGAGCUCGAUGCAGGCCUGAUCCUCAAUCAUCCAUCCACAUGGAACCAGUCCAUAGUUCAGGUUCUGUGACCGGUGCCCCAGAGCUGGAGUCCAAAGCUGAACGCAUUGCCCGCUAUAAGGCAGAGCGGCGCCGGCAGCUGGCUGAACGCUAUGGGAUCUCUUUGGAUCAGGAGCCAGACCUGGACCACACCUCCCGCUACACCCGCAGCCAGAAAGAAACAGAGGGCUCAGAAUGGAAUGCUAGAGGUGGCUCAGUGGGGGAGGAAGGCAAGGACAUCACCCUUAGCGCCUACACCAGCACCUCAGCCACUAGCCCGAGAGCAGGACGCUCUGCUCUAUCGUACAGCCACGACGACCCUGGCUAUGAUGUUGGUCGAACCAGAGUGGACUCAUUCUCAGAAAGAGAGAGGCUGAUGAACCUGGAGAAUCAGCGCAGGGCUGCUUCACACGAGCCUCCAUCCUCUUCUUCCUACAUGGACGUAACGUCAUUGUCCUCCUCUGCCAGGGUGCCUGCUAAGGACUAUUCAGUAACAGGAAUGCCACCCAGCUCACCCAAGCUGAGCAGACACUCGUCCAUCUCCUCACCAAAACAUGGGGUGUCUCCUGGUGACCUAUUCAUUGAGCAGCAGGCCCACAACAUCCUCAGCAGACAGGGUGUGAGGGCAAAACUUAGCACUGAUUGGUUCCUCCAGACUGACGCUGAGGGCGACACCCACUCCCUCAUCAACUGGCCGUCAAGAAUCCGAGUUAGGGAGCGGCUUGCCAGAGAGGAGGGCCACCAGAGAAUCCCAGACAUUGGGAAUGUUACAGAAGCCCCAGUGUAUCGCAGACAGUUCCAACAUCAACCCCAGAUCUCUACACGCUACCACACAGAUCCACCAGGCCUCCAGCAGUCCUACUCCCACCCCCACCAUCAUCCCCAAGCUCUGCUCACCCGCUCUGCUUCCCAGGGAGGACAGGAAGUUGGCAGUUACCCCAGUUACCUGUCCAUGGCCUCUGGUCCCACAUCUAGAGCCGGUCAGCCACCACAACAAUUUCAGGCGGAAGAGACUGAGGAGUCCGAGGACAUGAAGACAGAGGGCCUUCUGAGAAGCAGAAAAGCAGUCCUGCCCUCAGAGAUUCGACGCAGGGAAAGGAGUACCGAGGACCCACGAAGAGGAAGAGGGGAAGAGGACCUAGAGAUGUCCAGGGUGCAAACCCUUAGCCAGGCGAGGGAGGCUGAGGCAGAGGACGCUGCAAGAGGAGGAUCCAGAGACAAACUCAGGUGCGAUGAAGCAGAACACACUUCUCAUCCACAGUCUGCAGAAGGUGGACCCAGAGAGAGGGAAAAUGCCAUCUAUAUUCACAAAGGGCUGGCUGCAACCCACAUCCAUCCCAGAGCAUCACACACUGGCCCAGGAAGCUCCACAUCCAGCACAGCCUUGAACUGCUCGUUGUCAGAUGCUAGGAAUCCUAGGGGGUCCAAUCAGAGGAACCUGCAGCAUCAGAUUCAAGACCACCGAGAGGUCAGGCAGGGUGAGGGUUUCAGCAAUGGAGAGAGUCCCCAGGAAACCCGGGUGUCUGUGGCCCAGCUCAGACAUUCCUACAUGGAGAGCACAACCACUCCUCCAAACCACCGCAGGAACAAGCUGUCCUGUGUGAGUUCAGACUUUGCUGCCACUGAAGUUGACGAAGAGAAGCUAGAUGAACGGGCCAAACUGAGCGUAGCAGCCAAACGCUCUCUCUUCAGAGAGCUGGAGAAGAGCACUGAUGGCGGAGCUCCUAAACCCCGGUCCAGGAAUGCAGCCGUGGACAGGAGACUGAGACGGACACAAGACCGAUCUAGAACUCAGCCAGUCACCACUGAGGAAGUAGUCAUUGCAGCCACCCUGCAGGCAUCCUCACAACAGAACACUGCUGCCCGGGAGCAGGUACGGGAGGCCCGUCCAACACCGGAUACCCAGGAGGUCCAGGGCUCCAGGCAGGUGUUGGCAAUGGCGGAAAAAGUUGAGAAGCAGAGUCAGGGUCAAGAGGAACCUGACCUCUGUACCCUCAGCCUGGCAGAAAAGAUGGCACUCUUCAACCGGCUGGCUCAGCCUCCUACCAGGGUCACUCGCACAAGAGGCGACACACGGCAACGCAGGGCCAACGCUCGCUACCAGACACAGCCCAUUACACUGGGAGAUAUGGAACAGGAGCUCUCAGACAUAGACAUCAGGGAUGAACAGGAUCUGUGUGACAGCCCAGUAGAACUCCUGCAACUUCAAAAUGGUGCAGGCUCUUAUUUUGGACCCCUUUCCUCUUCAUCAUCCUCAUCUACCCUCAAAGCAGGAGGCACCGUCUCCACUGACCAUGCUGGAGACAUCCACAUCACCAGAGCACACGUGGAGUCAAUCCCUCCCAGCUCUGACAGGUCUUUGCCUCCUCGCCACACAGACAGUCUGGCCUGGAGGUCCCAGGACACCUCGGACCACCACAGGUACCAAGUCUUGUCCCAAGGAGAAGACAGAGCUGAUCUGGGGGGGAAGAGGAGGCUGCCCUCUCCAGAGGGAGUGGUCAGGCAGGUUGCUCUGCCCCAUCCUCAGACUGGAAGAGAGAGGAGGGGAGCUGAGGAGGUGGGGGGGCAGCAACAGGGACUGUCUAGAGGGAGGGAAGAGGCAGCAGUGCAGAGCUCAGAGAGCCACAUGCUGCUGGAGAGGCAGGAGCAGAGGGCGUAUCUGAAGGAGGAAGGAUUCUACUCAGACAUCCAGAGGAGCAGGACCGUCACUGGAGAGCCAGUAGAGUCUGCGUUAACAUACAGAGGAGCAGCUGGUUCACCCGGGAGUGUUUGUCAACCUCCAGUGGGGGACACAUAUACAACUGGCAGUGGACUCGCAGACGGCCUGAUUCAGCUUGAGCAGGGGGAUGAGCUGAGUGACAUGAUGUCGACCCGACAAAUGUCCAUCAAAGAGAGAGUCGCCCUACUAAAGAAGAGCGGCGAGGAGGACUGGAAGAACAGGAUCAAUAAGAAGCAGGAUGUGGUGAAGGUUGCCGUGGGUGAGCAGCAUGCUCAGCUCUGGGAGGUGGAGCAGAGCUUCAAGAAGAAGGAUGAUGAAGCAGUGAUGAUGAUCGAUGAGUUUGCUGUGUCCGACCAGCUCUGGGAGCCAGUCUUUGCUGCUACUUUCUCUCCUCCUCCUGACCCUCCUUUCCAUUCUUCUUCCCCUGAUGAGACAGCUAGCCAGGCCACCAGAUCUCCCAGACCCACGCAGGUGGAUGAAAGACACCCCUGGAGACGGAAGAGAAUAGCGGAGUCUGAGAUGGAGUGCCAGAGGAUAGAGGCUCACAUGUCUAUCCAGGAGAGGAAGCAGCUGAUAGUGGCCCAGGAGGAGGCCUGGAAGAGCAAAGGCCAUGGAGCUGCCAAUGACUCCACCCAGUUCACCGUGGCUGCACGCAUGGUGAAGAAAGGACUGGCAGCCCCCUCUGCCCUCCAGUCUCCAGUGCUGUCCAAACCCAAGAACACCAUCCUUGCCAUCUCCAAACCACAAGAAGACAUGGAGGAGAUUUCUGAUACUGAAGAGAUUAAGGCUGUACCAGAUCUGAACCUGGAGUCGGACCAGAAGUUGGAUAAACUGGAGUCAUUCCUUGGAAAGAUAAACAGUAAAGUGCCUGGACUUCCAGAAGCAACCAUCACAGUGACUGAGAAGAAGGUAAAGGAAGUGAUGACCCUCGAAGAUGAAACUUUUUCCAAGUUCUACCGCCAAGUGGAAGAACUUCCUUCCAUCACAAACAAGGUGGAAAUAAACGACGACUUUGAUGCCAUUUUCGGCCCUCAGGAGCCAAAACUGACUUCAGAGAUGGUACAGCACAAGCGAGCGGUGCGUCCGGCACGUAACGUCCAGUCAUCCAGAAACCCUCUGAAGAUGUUGGCUGCCAGGGAGGAUAUCAGACACGAGUACACAGAACAGAGGCUCAACAUUGGUCUGUUGGAGAGCAAAAGGAUGAAGGCUGAGAAGAUGAAUAUGAACUCUGGUUUCUCUGAAGUAGCUCUAGCUGGUCUGGCAAGCAAGGAGAACUUCAGCAAUGUCAGCCUGCGCAGUGUCAGCAUCUCUGAGCAGAUGUCCAAUAACAGCGCUGUGCCUUACAAGAAACUCAUGCUCCUGCAAGUCAAAGGCAGACGGCACGUCCAGACCAGGUUGGUGGAACCCAGAGCAUCGUCACUGAACAGUGGUGAUUGUUUCCUGCUCAUCACACCACACAACUGUUUCAUCUGGACUGGGGAGUUUGCUAACAUCAUUGAGAAGAGCAAGGCUUCGGAGCUAGCUAAUUUCAUACAGAGCAAAAGAGAUUUGGGUUGCCGAGCUAAUUAUGUCCAAGUCAUUGAGGAGGGCAUCAACACACACAGCCAUGCUGUCAAGGAGUUCUGGAAGAAUCUAGGAGGGCAGUCAAGUCAUCAGUCUGCAGGAACACCAGACGAAGAUGAGUUGUAUGAGAGUGCCAUUGUAGAGACAAACUGCAUUUACCGGCUCAUGGAUGACAAACUGGUCCCAGAUGAUGAUUUUUGGGCCAAGAUGCCCCGCUGCUCCCUGCUCAACCCCAAAGAGGUUUUGGUUUUUGACUUUGGCAGUGAGAUGUACAUUUGGCAUGGGAAGGAAGUAACUCUAGCACAGAGGAAAGUGGCCUUUCAGCUGGCUAAGCACCUGUGGAACGGCACCUUCGACUAUACAAACUGUGACAUCAACCCGCUGGACCCGGGAGAGUGCAACCCACUCAUACCGAAAAAAGGCCAGGGCCGACCUGACUGGGCAGUGUUUGGCAGACUAACUCAACACAAUGAGACCACGCUAUUCAAAGAGAAGUUCAUGGACUGGAGCGACUCCAGGAAAACACCCAGUCCCACAAAAAACUCCAGUGAUCACAUCACUGAUCAAAAGGAGCAGCACAUUUCCGAUCAGCCUCGUGCGUAUGACGCCUCCCUGAUGCUGCCCCUUCAUCAGGCACCCGUCUGCACCAUCCUUGACGGGUUCAAUGUAGGUCGGGGCUAUGGCCUGGUGGAGGCAGAGGAGUGGCGGAGCUACAAGAUCAGCACUCUGGUGGUGGAGGUGUGGCAUAUCCUGGAGUUCGACUACAGCCGCCUGCCUCGUCAGAGCAUCGGCCAGUUCCACGAGGGUGACACCUACGUGGUGAAAUGGAAAUACAUGGUCAGCACUGCCGUUGGGAAGAGACAGAACCCAGAGCAGCUGAAGACAGCAGGAGCUGGGAAGGAGAAGUGCUGCUACUUCUUCUGGCAGGGCCGCAACUCCACCGUCAGUGAGAAAGGAACGUCAGCGCUCAUGACGGUGGAGCUGGACGAGGAGCGGGGAGCACAGGUUCAGGUUCAACAGGGUAAGGAGCCUCCGUGCUUCCUGCAGUGCUUCAAAGGAGGGAUGGUUGUCCACUCAGGAAAGAGAGAAGAGGAGGAGGAAAACUCACAGAAUGAUUGGCGUCUUUACUGUGUGCGUGGAGAGGUGGAGGUGGAGGGCCACUUGCUGGAGGUGGCAUGUCACUGCAGCAGUCUGCGCUCCAGAGUCUCCAUGGUGCUGCUGAGUGUUAGCCAGGCCCUCAUCUACCUGUGGCAUGGUUGCAAGUCCCAGAUACACACACAGGAGGUGGCCCGCACUGCCGCAAAUAACAUCAAACAACAUUGUCCUCUGGAAACAGGCCUCCACAGCAGCAGCAAGGUGUCUAUCUGGGAAUGUGAUGAGGGGACAGAGCCCACAGGAUUCUGGGAAGCCCUCGGGAGGAGGGACAGGAAAGCGUACGACUGCAUGUUGCAAGAUCCCGGCAGGUUUAACUUCACACCUCGUCUGUACCAGCUGAGCAGCAGCUCAGGAGAGUUUGUAGCUGUGGAGUUUCUCUACCCAGCCAGAGACCCCAAGCAGAUCAACUCUAUGCCUUUUCUUCAGGAGGACCUGUAUGCAGCUUCCCAGCCCGCCCUGUUCCUGGUGGACAACCACCAUGAGGUGUACCUGUGGCAGGGCUGGUGGCCUCAGGACAGUGAAAGCACCGGCUCGGCUCGAAUCCGCUGGGACUCAGAUAGGAAGUGUGCCAUGGAGACAGUGCUGCAGUACUGCAGAGAAAAGAAUGAGAAGAAGCCUCCCAAAUCGUAUCUGAUCCAUGCAGGUCUAGAACCACUCACCUUCACCAAUAUGUUUCCCAGCUGGGAGCACAGAGAGGACAUCGCUGAGAUUACUGAGAGGGAGGCAGAAGUGUGUAGUCAGAUUAUCCUGGUGGAGGACGUGUUGGCCCGGCUGUGUAAGAACACAUACCCCCUGGCAGACCUUCUAGCCCGGCCGCUGCCUGAAGGAGUGGAUCCUCUUCGCCUGGAAGUCUACCUGUCAGAUGACGACUUUGAGAAAGCCCUGCAGAUGAGCAGAGAGGAGUACGGUGGUUUGCCCAGCUGGAAGCAAGUGAACUUGAAGAAAGCUAAAGGACUUUUCUAAACAGUUGAAACGGAGAACUACUGGAGUCAUCAGAAAAAAACACCACCAGGAUGUUGUUUAGACAGGAGUUGCUCCUCCUGAGUUUAGUGGGGAGUUAAUGAUGGACAAGAGGGGCUCUGGAGGUGUAGGACAGAGGUGUACCAGCUUCUUGUGAUGCACAUUUCCCUCACAUCUGCACUCUGUGUUGGUAUUUUGGUUGUAAUAAAAAGGAGGCAAAUGUCGGAGGUUGUGCCUCUGAGUUAAAUUCACUCUUUAAUGUAUGUACAUAUGUACGAUAUGCAAGAUAGCCAGUGUCCUUAUGCUGUCAGCCUUAAAGUCAUCCAUAGGACUCAGGUCUGUCAGCCUGUUGGGCAAACUCCACAUCAAACUCUCUGCUAUAUGUGUAUGUUUGUCUGUGCAUAAUAAAUAAUUUAUAUUUAUAUCAAAUCUAUAUAGGAAUUUUAAAAAAACUUCUCAGAUAUUCAAAAGAUAAUGAAAUAAAGUGUGUAAUUAUUGUCACAGAGAUUUGUGUCAUACAUUGAUAAAUACUGGAUGUUGCAAAACUUCUGCUGUACAGAUCACUGUUUGCCAUUUACAAAUGAAUCGAAGCAGCUUUUUCUUUUUUCUGAAUGUGUUUAGUCAUUAUUGUUUCAGGAUGUCAGAUAGGAACAACAGAGGCGUUGACUAAAGGCAGAGUGAUGAUGACUGGAUGUCUCUGAUUUUGAAAUCCUUCAGUGUAUAGUGCCUUGCUCUGUGUACAGUUUAUAUACAGAUCCUAGUCUGCAUUUUGAAGACUUUUUGUGAUAUGAAGAACUAUUGUAGAAAUAAACUUUGAAAGUUUGCUAUCAGA